AUGUCUGCUAAAGGUUCUGACCGCUUUGAGUAUUUACAGACAUUGGUGACUGAAUUUCAAGACACGGACAGUGACGAAGCUAAAGAGCAAGUUCUUGCAAAUCUGGCAAAUUUCUCAUACGACCCAAAAAACUAUGAUCAUCUGAGGGAUCUGCAAGUUAUUGACCUCUUUUUGGACAUGUUGACUGAAGAGAAUGAGAGCUUUGUAGAGUUUGGCAUGGGAGGAUUGUGUAACUUGAGCAUGGCGCCUGAACUUAGAGACUUUAUUCUGCAAAAUGACGGAAUAAACUUGGUCAUAAAUUGUUUAUCAAGUCGGAAUGAAGAGACUGUUUUGUCGGCCAUCACUACCCUCAUGAAUCUGGUCACCGCUAACUCUCGCUCUGAAGUCACGCAGCCGGGAGUACUGCACUGCAUGCUGCGCUUCUCUCUGUCCGAAAGCCCGCGCCUCAGGAACUUGGCCUCAGUUUUUCUCCAGGACUGUUGCAGCAGGGAGCAGGUGGCACAGGCAGAGCAGCAAAUGCAGAGACAGCAGCAGACGGCGCUUGGGAUACCACUCCCUAAAGAAUAA